CUCCCCAAUCUGCCUUCUGAACGAGUGGCCCUGAGAGUUUUGGCUUUCCUCAUAUAUCACCAGUACAGUCACGAUUACUAAAAGGACGGCUUGUACAUCUAGGUCUGAGUCAGAUUGUUUGUUCUCUAUUCUUUUUCAGAAAACCAGGAAUUGAAAAUCAUGGCUGGGAAGCCCAAACUUCAUUACUUCAAUGGAAGAGGCAAAAUGGAAACUGUGCGCUGGCUCUUGGCUGCUGCUGGUGUGGAGUAUGAAGAAGUGCUUUUCAGAACAGCUGAAGAAUUUGAGAAUUUAAUUAAGGGUGGAAAACUAAUGUAUCAACAAGUGCCAAUGGUUGAAAUGGAUGGAAUGUACAUGGUACAAACCAGAGCCAUCCUGAGAUAUAUAGCUGCAAAAUACGACCUGUAUGGGAAGGACCUGAAGGAGAGAGCAUUUAUUGACAUGUAUGUGGAAGGGAUGAGGGAUCUGAAUGAUAUGAUUAUAUACUUCCCAUUUUCUUUGCCUGAAGAAAAACAAAAGAAUCUCAACUAUAUCCUGGAGAGAGCCACCGAGAGAUUCUUCCCAGUGUAUGAGAAGGCAUUAAAAGACCAUGGGAAAAAUUACCUUGUUGGCAACCGGCUGAGCUGGGCAGAUGUACAGCUGAUUGAAGUCGUCCUAAUGGUUGAAGAACUCAAGCCUGGCGUUCUCUCUGCAUUCCCUAAGCUUCAGGAGUUCAAAGCUAGAGUCAGCAAGCUCCCCAGGAUUCAGAAAUUCCUUCAGCCUGGUAGUCCAAGAAAGCCACCAGUGGAUGAUGCAAGUUUUGAAGUUUCAAGGAAGAUAUACAAGAUUGAUAAAAACUUGCUUUUUAAACACAUGAGCUGAAUAUUCAGAAGUAAAAAGUUCUAAAGAACACAAUUAACAUUGUAGUUUCCAUCUGUAGUCAUGCCCACAGAAAUACCAUCUCCUGUACUCAUGUGCUCCUGUGACAUUCCUAGGUCCAAUAACUGGCCAAUACGAUGCCUCCCUAUAGAACUUAUUGUAAAUCAGAAAGCCUAAUCUUCAUAUUGCUUAUUAUAAAACUUCAUUUAAUUAGAACCUUGCCUUACUCAGGGUUGUAGAAUCAUAGAUUAUGUUCUCAUUUUUAUUUCAAACUUAAUAAACAGCUAAAUUUAGAGCUGAGGAGACCUUAGAGGUUGUUGAGUGUCAUUCCCUCCUUUUAGUCCCCUUCCCACCUCCUCUCAGUGCUUUUUACUGGAACAGUAAUUAAAGCCCAGAAUAGUUAAGUGAAGUAUUCCAAGAUCACACAAAUAGCAAGUGAUAGAAAAGGUAUUCAAGCUGAGGUCAACUAUAAAAUGUGGAUACUAAUAACAUUCACCUCCCAGGAUUGUUGUGAUGAUCAAAUGAGACAAUAUUUGGAAAGUGCUUAGCAUGCUACCUUGCACAUAGUAGGUGCUCGUGAAAUGCCUGUUCCCUUUCCUGACACCCCCUCUUCCAAAUUCAACACUAGUUCUGCUGUUAUGCUACCUCCCCUCCAAUCAAUCCAAAAAUUUUUCUGCAUUUUACUUUUGGGAGAAAGUUAUAAAUCAUGAGUAAAUUAGAUGAUAAUAAAGUUUAUUUUAAGAAAUUACUACAUGACACAUUAAGUUCAGUAUAGAUUCAAACCUUUUACACCUAUCCUGAUGCUCUUAAGGAUCCUCAAGAAAAGAAGACAUAUUCAGUUAUAUGCACUCCACAGGAUUUAGGCAGGAAAGUAGUUGGAUAAUAUCUUUGAGAGAUUUUCAGUUUCAAAAAAUGGUUAACUUUCACUUAACUAGAAAUUUCAAUUAAAGAAAAUGCUUUUUCUCUUUC